AUGGCUUCAUCCCCCAAAACUUUGCUAGAGGCGAAGUCUGAGUCUCAUCGUGAGCCUCGCAAUGAUCAACUAUCCAUACAUAGCGACCAAGACUCUCCAGAGGCAUUACAACCCGGGAAUAGCGAAUCAGCAUCGGUUAGUCGUAAAUCGAGCGUAGACAACGGCCGGCCUGGGGAGCCCGGGUACCUACCAGAGAUCCUCACUGAUACAUUGGACAAAGACAAUCAAUUCGAAAGGGACAGCGAGACAGAAUUGGCUGAAAAGGUGGGAAGUUACGCGAGGAUGGACCUUGAGUUGGCUAAAGACACUGAACUCCUCCAAUAUGGGGCGCAACUGGCACAAAAUGCAAGCAAUGCUCUAAGGCGUCCAUUCUUCCAAGGCCUCUUGGCGAAGCAGAGAUAUUAUCUCGGAGACAGAGACAAGACAGUCGUAGAACAGGCCCAGAUAGGUGGCAAAUUGGAAUUAUUCACUAUGAACGGCGCAAACCUGGGUUUAUUAGAGGAAUUCAAUAUUUCCAACCAAUGGCUCUUUGGGGUUUUGAAUGCUGUUCCUUUCUUUGCUGGUGGCCUAUUCGCGCCUUUCUUCUCGGAUCCAUUACAAGAGUAUUUUCUUGGACGCCGCGGAGCCAUUGCUGGCGCCUGUAUUCUCUCAAUAGCCGCGACAGUUGGACAAUCUUUCUCUACCUCAGUUGGUCAAGUAAUAGGUUGUAGGAUUAUUACUGGAUUGACAUUGGCUGCAAAGGCAUCAUCGGCGCCACUUCUUACAGCAGAAGUUGCCCCGAAUCAUCUCCGCGGAAAACUUCUCGCUACGUGGCAAUUGAGUGAUGCAUUUGGCAUCUUUCUAGGGUUCUCAUCCAACUUGGCCACUUUAAACAUCCAUGCUCAAAACAAAACGAUCUGGCGAAUCCAAAUUGCUACGACCAUAAUACCAACCACAAUUCUCCUUUUUCUGGUCUAUUUCAUGCCUGAAUCUCCAAGGUAUCUUAUGAAGCGAGGCAGGCACGCAAAGGCCCUUGAAUCUUUUACUAUGCUUAGGCCAUCACCUGUUUCCCGUUUGCUUGCAGCUCGUGACCAGGUAGACGCACACUUCCAAUUACAAGCCGAGUGCACUUCCAUUCAGAAUCGGAAGGACUCCCAGAAACUCGGCGGCGAGCCGAACAAAACUUUGGAACCACCACCAAUGGAAAAUGAAAAUGAAAAACAAACAACUGCUUCCCACAACGGCAAAGGUCCAGAGCUCGAAGAAUCUCCCAGCGAUGGUGAUCUGGAAUCUCAACACCCGACCACGCCAGAAAAUCCAUUAUAUGUAACGGACGGUCGGAAACGUCGUGUUUUCCCCGAGUUCUUAAAACGAAUGAACCAGCUGUUCAGCGAUGAUAGGUCGAGAAGGGCCCUUGUUUGCGCCUCAACUGCCAUGAGCUCCCAGCAACUCUGCGGCGUUAAUACGAUUGCAUUCUUAUCCGCGACACUCCUAAGUGGUGUUAAUGCCUCCCCUCGAUCAGGAGCAUGGGUGGGCUUUGGCAUCGGACUGUGCAACUUUGUCUUCGGAGCACCAGCUCUCUGGCUACUUGACGUAACCGGCCGCGCAACCCUUCUCCUCCUCGGAUUUAUACCUAUGUUCGUCCUAAUGUUAAUCCUUGCAUUCUCCUUCAAAGAAGAUGCUGCCGGAGUCCAGGUAGCGCGCGUACCCUUGGUUGCCGUCUUCGGAAUCCUGUACAUUAUCGCGUAUUCACCUACGGCCGGGACGUCUCCUUUCGCGAUCUCGGCAGAGGUCUUUCCGCUCAUUGUAAGAGAAGUAGGGCAUUCGUUUGCAGUGGGUGUCAAUUUUCUUGGACUUGCGAUUGUGCUUUUGGUCUUCCCACCUAUGUCAGCGGCGAUGGGCGGCUAUCGGGGCUCCUUAUCACUUUUUGCGGCGCUCAAUUUGGUUGCGUUCGUGAUGUGCUUUCUUUUCGUCCCAGAGACCAAGGGCAGGUCACUUGAGGAGCUCAGAUCCAUCUUCGAUAUCCCAACAAGGGAGCAUAUGAAAUAUCGUCGUACAUACGUGGCGCCGUGGCUAUGGAGAAAAUUUCCGCAUUUCGCGAAGGCUAAGGUGGCUGGGUGGUUCAAGUCAACAGAUAGGGAAAAGGCUGAUAAAUAUCAAGUGGUUGAUUUUGAUAUCUGGUACAAAGGCGAGUUGAUAAAACGGCGUUCUAAAUUAUGA